AUGGCCGUCAACAGAGACAACGGUGGCGGGAAGUCGUUUCUGGACCUUUCCGGAGAGCUUCGCAAUGCCGUCUACAAUCACUUCAUCGACCUCGAUCCUACAGUCGGCGAAGCUACCGCACUAGUGCGCGCCAGUCAGCAGAUUCACACUGAGUUUGGCUCGCUAUGUCUGGCAUCAGAGAACUUCGCGAUUCCUGAGGAGCAUGUCAACAAAUUUCUACACGCUUUCUUCCCCCAUAGCCUCAACUCAAGGCUGCAAUAUGUUCGUCGCCGCUUCGACCUGUCGUUGGAUCCAUUCGACUCGGAAGAGUGGUUAGGCAACCUCCUCCAACUGGUCUCGAUAAUGCACCAACAACACCGGCUUCGACUCAAGAUCUCACGGUUCAGAGAAAUCACCACGAUUAUUUCUGUCUUCAAAAACAUGGAUGUUCGGAAGCUCGAAAAAGUACGCUCCGUUUCGUUCGAGAUGCGCACAGUGCCCUUGGACCACCCGAUGAGCUUUCUCCCACGCUUAGCCGCUUUCGUUUGGGUGAAUAUGGAGGCUUUCGCCACAGAAGAAGAUCCUUAUGAGCUGGGACUCAACUACGAAUACGGAUCUAUCAAUGUACGCUUUGAGUGGGAGAAUGGUCCAUUCAAUGAUACAGAGUCUUCAGAAAACGAGGAUGGUGAUGAAUAUGGUGACGAAGAUGGCUCAGAUAAUGAGGAAGAGACAUCAGAUGAUGGCGAUGAAGACGAGGACGGCGAUGGAGACGCUCCAGACAGCAGCGAAGGCGCUGUAGAAAGUAGUGGCUAG